AUGCCAGUGACUAAGUUUGCUCUGGCAGAGAAGUACCAGUAUCUUGAAGGAUUUGGCAAUUAUCACCAGUCGGAAGCAUUCUCAGGAGGAAAUCCAGUCGCAUGCAGCAAUCCUCAGAAACCGCCGCUUGGCUUGUUGACAGAACGAGUGUCGGGAAGUGCAUUUACUUCGCCGAGGGAUCAUUCCCUCCAGACAUGGCUUUACCGGGCAACUUCUUCUCGAAACCAUAGUGCUUUCAGACCAUACGGCUCGCAAUCGAGUACGGCGGGUUCGAAAGGCCAUCUCAGUCCCAAUAUUCAUCGGUGGAUGUCGUUUCCUGUCAAGGCUGGUCAAGAUUGGACUCAUUCCGUUCUCCUUGCACAUUCCGGGGAUUCAUCAACCAAGACAGGACUAGCCAUUUACAUCUUUGCCAUCACCGACGAUAUGAAAGACGCCCAAGCCUUUUCGUCCCUCGAUGGUGAUAUGUUGAUCAUUCCGCAACAAGGCGCACUCGAUGUCCAGACAGAACUAGGACACCUUCUGGUUCGCCAGAACGAAAUUGCUGUCAUUCCGCGUGGAAUCCGGCACCGGGUGACAUUACCCACUGGUCAAGCCCGAGGCUAUAUCUGCGAACUGUUCCAGGGGCACUUUCGUCUGCCCGAGCUUGGACCUAUUGGGUCAUGCAGCUUGGCCAACGUUCGCGAUUUCCAGAUCCCUGUCGCUGCCUUUGAUGGUACAUUAAGGGAUGGCCGAGCCUGUGCGAAUAACCAAGAAUGGCAGAUAAUAUCGAGGUUGGGAGGGCGCCUCUUCAGCUGCACUCAGGAUCACACCCCUUUCGAUGUCGCGGCAUGGAAUGGCACUUACUAUCCAUACAAAUACGACCUUGCGCGCUUCUGUGUCCUUGGUAGCGUUCUCUAUGAUCAUCCAGACCCAAGUUUGUUCACCAUUUUGACAGCCCCGUCAUACCGCGAGCCAGGCACUGGGGUGGUGGACUUUGCCAUCGUGCCACCUCGCUGGAACACAAUGGAGAAUACUUAUUGGCUACCGUAUUAUCAUCGAAACACCAUGAGCGAGUUCUCCGGACCCAUAAUAUAUAAUCAAGAUGAAAAUUCCACGUGGAAUCAGGGGCUUGAAUUCCAGCCGUACGGUGCCGGUUUGGCUUCGGCGAUGGCUUGUCAUGGUGCCCCAGAUGAAGCACACAAGAAAGCCACGGAGCAGGAAACGACUCCGCAGAAGGUUGGAACGGAAGGCUUUACCGUGUUUCUACUUGAGACAGAAUGCCCUCUCUGGGUAGCUGAAUGGGCGACUGACCCAACGGAGGCACAAGAGCCUCUAAAGGGGAAGAUGUAG